AGUCCAAUCACUGAAUAAAAAGCAAAUGUCUUUGUUUUCCCCCGAAAAAAUCCAAACAAUUAUUUGAUUCUUUUCAUAAAAAUAAUUUGAAAAACUAACCAAUUCAAUUAUUUAAAUUCCCUUUUGUAUUGGUGAACCCCCCUAAUCUCAUUGUGAGGUGUUCUUGGUGCCUACUCUCACCAGCUCUAAGAUUUUGAUUGUAUCUUCAAAGGAUAACAUUCAAGGCUCAAGAACUGCGUACACCCAGAUCUCUUAAUUUCAGGAAACUUGCCAUUUGGGGGAUUUUAUGACGUGGGUGAAGUGCAUUUUUGAGAUUUUGUUCCUUUCGAAACAAGAUUAAAGUUGGGAUUUGAAAGAUAAUAGUGGGUUUUGCUUGAUAGGCUUCUGAUUCUGUUCUUAAUCUUCAAAGCAUAGCUUUUUCGUAUUUUGGAGUUUGGAGAAGAAGACAAGCAUAUAGCAUAUAUAAAUAUGGUGAAAAAAACGAUUUCACAAAUGUGUUGUGUUCAUGUUCGUUGAUGAUUCUGUGCACAAUUUGAAGAUUCUUUUGAAGCAUGGAGAUGAAAUUAUGUGUGUUUGAGACAUUACGAUUAGGUGUUUUAUGUCUUUUAACAUGUCUGGGUGUCGCAUAUGCAACUCUUUCUCCUUCUGGUGUCAAUUAUGAAGUUGUAGCUCUAAUGGCUAUAAAAGGCGAUCUAAAAGACCCACGAAAUAUCAUGGACAAUUGGGAUUUAUCUUCUGUAGAUCCUUGUAGUUGGAGGAUGGUUACUUGCAACCUUGAUCGCUCUGUAUCUGCUUUAGGGCUACCUAGUCAAAACUUAUCCGGGACAUUAUCGUCAGCAAUUGGAAAUCUUAGUAACUUGCAAUCUAUCACACUACAGAAUAAUGCAAUCUUUGGGCCUAUUCCGGAUUCAAUUGGAAAGCUUCAGAAGCUUCAAACUCUUGAUCUAUCAGGAAACAUCUUCAAUGGUCAGCUUCCUAGUUCUCUUGGGGACCUCAACAGCCUUAAUUUUUUGCGUCUGAACAACAACAGUCUUUCUGGCCCUGUUCCUCAAUCUUUAUCCCAAGUUGAAGGCCUCACUCUUGUAGAUGUGUCCUAUAACAAUCUGACUGGUCCUUUGCCAAAACUAUCAGCAAGAACUUUUAGAAUCAUAGGAAACCCUUUACUUUGUGGGCAAAAUUCUGUAAAUAAUUGUUCAAAUAUUUACCCCGAGCCUCUCUCUUUCCCACCAGAUGGUUUCACAGACCAAUCUUCAUCAAAUGACAAAACUCGCCAUUUGGCUGUUGCUCUUGGGACAAGCCUCAGUGGCAUUUUCGUAAUAAUCUUGAUUGUCGCGUUGCUCAUUUGGUGGCGAUACAGGAAAAAUCAACAGAUAUUCUUUGAUGUUAAUGAUCAAUAUGAUCCUGAGGUAUGUUUGGGUCAUUUAAGGAGGUAUACAUUUAAGGAGCUUCGGGCAGCUACUGACCAUUUUAACGCGAAGAAUAUAUUAGGGAGGGGCGGAUAUGGAAUUGUUUAUAAAGGGACAUUGAAUGAUGGGACGAUAGUGGCUGUUAAAAGGUUGAAGGAUAGUAAUACUUUUGGGGGUGAAAUCCAAUUUCAAACUGAAGUUGAAACGAUAAGUUUGGCUGUUCAUCGUAACCUUUUAAGGCUUUGGGGGUUUUGCUCAACUGAAAAUGAACGCCUUUUAGUCUAUCCAUUUAUGCCCAAUGGCAGUGUCGCAUCUCGAUUAAAAGCAGAUAAUAUGGAGGGAAGGCCGGUAUUGGACUGGACAAGGAGAAAAAACAUAGCGUUAGGAACGGCAAGAGGUUUACUAUAUUUACACGAGCAGUGUGACCCAAAAAUCAUUCACCGUGAUGUGAAAGCCGCAAAUAUUCUUUUAGAUGAAGAUUUUGAAGCGGUUGUUGGUGAUUUUGGGCUGGCAAAGUUAUUAGACCACCGCGAUUCCCAUGUCACAACCGCCAUCCGUGGCACUGUGGGCCACAUCGCCCCUGAAUAUCUUUCAACCGGUCAAUCCUCAUCAAAGACUGAUGUUUUCGGUUUUGGCAUCCUUCUUCUUGAACUUAUAACUGGACAAAAAGCUUUAGAUUUUGGAAGAGCCGCUAAUCAGAAAGGCGUAAUGCUAGAUUGGGUAAAGAAGCUUCAUCAAGAAGGGAAGCUAAACCUAAUGGUGGACAAAGCAUUGAACAAUGAUUUUGAUCGAGUAGAGUUGCAAGAAAUGAUUCAAGUUGCACUCCUGUGUACUCAAUUUAACCCUAGUUAUCGGCCAAAGAUGUCGGAAGUGUUGCGGAUGUUGGAAGGUGAAGGAUUGGUUGAAAGAUGGGAAGCGUCGCAAAAAGUUGAGACCCCACGAUUUAGGGGUUUAGAAGGGAUUCCACAAAGAUAUUCGGAUUAUAUAGAAGAAUCUUCACUUGUAGUUGAAGCAAUGGAGCUUUCUGGUCCAAGAUGACAUGAAUGUUUCGGUGUUAUAUAUAUAUGUGAGUUUUUGUGUGGUUGUGGAUAUUUGUUGAAUGAGUGUGUAAAAAGGGUAGAGGGAAUCUUGUGUUUGUUUAUGAUGGAAUGAAGUUUGAUGCAGAAGUGAAAUUGAGCAAAUACCAAAUGUAUAUCUUUUUUCCAAAAGCGAUUUGGUUUAACAAAUACACGUCAAAGCGUUUAUAUGUUAA